CUUUGCCAUGCUCCUACAGAGACCUCCACCACGAGGCUCACAAAGUCGGAUCUCCAUCCAAGUCUUGAGGACGAGACGACGCUCAACUGGCAUCGAGCAUCCAAACAAACUCCAUCCAUGCCGCCCCGACCAGCCCUCCCACAAAACCUCUUGCGCACGCCGCUGCGCGCGCUCGCGACCGCCUCGGCGGCCUCCACUUCUUCGGCGUCCCCCUUCGCUGGCCUUCCUCCCCUCGCGCCCGCCGAUGCCGCCCCCGUCCUCCCCACUACCAUGCCCGAGGCCGUUCGCAAGCUCCGCGAAACAACCACUCCCUCCAAGGGCAUCUACUGCGUCGCCCGCCUCCACAGUCGCAGUUAUCUGCUGCACCCCCGCGACAUCCUCACCCUGCCGACCCUCAAGCCCAUGCAGGCCCCCGGCACGACCCUGUCGCUCACGCGUAUUCUCGAGGUCGGCGGGCGCGAGUUUGCCAUCCGCAGCCCGGCAGCGGACGGCAAGGAGUUGCGCAAGAGCUUGCCCAAGGGGCCUGGUGUUGACUCGGGCUUUGAGACCAUCCCGCCUUGGGUUGCCAGCUGCGAGCUUACUGUGCUUGAGCACACCAAGAGCCCAUUGACGCGCACGCUUCUCAAGAAGCGCAGGAAGGGGUACCAGAAGACGAUUGAGAACAAGCAGGGCUGGACUCGCCUGCGUGUUGGAGACAUCGUCCUCGGAAGUGGGGUCCCUCCCUCCUCUUAGCGGCGGCGUCGUCUUUGUAGAGUAUUCAGCGCAUCACUCAUGGCACAUGGCAUAGAUAUACAGGUUG